ACUGGCACGCGAAAGCUUAACUUGGAGUGAAGAAAUGACGAUCCGGCACAUCACUGCUGAAAGGUUGCCGACCCCUGGGCUAGCUAAUCGGCGUUGGCCUAUGGCCGACCCCUGGAGCCGUGGAGCCCGUCCCGCAGCGCUGGGAGGCGGUGAGCAUCAAAGUGGAGGGAGAAGAGCCAAGUGCCACUGGGGAAGCCCAACAGGGGGUGCUGGCUCUGAGCCCGUACCCUGGGGCUGCAAGCCCACUGGGCUGGGCUCUGAAAGAGGAGCCAGAGUUCCAGCAGGGAAUGGGUGAUGGUGAAAGCCUGGGGAGGGAUCCAGCACAGAAAGAUCUGGAGAAGGCUGAACUGCACGAGCUCUUACCGAUAGCGGACGUCCCCCAAGUAGAGCUGGGUGGGGCGCUGUCUGGAGGACGUGAAGGAACCCUUCCCCAAGCAGAUCUGCUUAGGACGGUCUCUGGAGGAUCUGAAAGAGACGUUCCCCUACUGGAACUGUGUGAGAUGUUCUCUGGAGGAUCUGACGGGGAUGUUCCCCAUAUUGAUCUGCAUGGGGUACCCUCAGGAGAACCUGCAGGGGACGUUCCCCAGGUGGAUCUGCAUGGGAUGCCCUCAGGAGGAUCUGAAGAGGAUGUUCCCCAAGCGGAUCUGCAGGGAACGUUCUCUGGAGGAUGGGAAGGGGUGGACAUGCAGCAGCGGGGGGAUUCUCCAGUGAGGACCCAGGGGAAGCCAGCCCAGCAUGGCAGCCUCCCUGCACCGGCCCCGGAGAAACCGUACAAGUGCUCGGUGUGCGAUAAAAGCUUUGGGCAGAGCUCCCACCUCAUCCAGCACCAGGUGGCGCACACGGGCGAAAAGCCUUACAAAUGUCCUGAGUGUGGCAAAGGCUUCACCUGGAGCUCAGCGCUGGCCCAGCACAGGCGCAUCCACCGUGGCGAGAGGCCUUUUGUCUGCCUGGACUGCGGCAAAAGCUUCAGCCAGAGCUCCAACCUGAGCACCCACCGGCGCACCCACACGGGCGAGAAGCCGUUCAUCUGCCCGGACUGCGGGCGCGGCUUCAGCCAGAGCUCCAACCUCACGUCCCACCAGCGCACCCACACUGGAGAGCGCCACUACCGCUGCUAUGACUGCGGGCGGGGCUUCUUGGAGCGGGCGGCGCUGGCCGAGCACCAGCAGGGCCAUGCCGGGCAUCGGCCCUACACCUGCGGGCAGUGUGGCAAAGCCUUCGGACAGAGCGCCAAGCUGGCCCAGCACCAGCGCAUCCACACCGGCGAGCGGCCCUUCCGGUGCGAGGAGUGCGGCAAAGGCUUCAAUGAUGGCUCCUACCUGGUCAAGCACCGGCGGGUCCACACCGGCGAAAAGCGCUACCGCUGCCCAGUGUGUGGCAAAACCUUCAGCCAGACCUCUAACCUCAUCACCCACCAGACCACCCAUACUGGAGAAAAGCCUUUCAGGUGUGGGGACUGCGGGCGUAGCUUCAUCCGCCGGGCUCACCUGGCUGCCCACCAGCGCACUCACACCGGCGAGCGGCCAUACCAGUGUGCCCAGUGCGGGAGGUGCUUCUCCCAGCGCUCCACCUAUGCCCAGCAUCGCCGCACCCACACCGGCGAGCGGCCUUACCGCUGCCCCGACUGCGGCCGGGGAUUCAGCCAGAACUCCAACCUGGCGGCUCACCGGCGCAUCCACACCGGCGAACGGCCCUACCAGUGUGGCCAGUGCGGCCGGCGCUUUAUCCAGAGCUCUGCCUUCACCCAGCACCAGAAGACCCACAAGAAAGGGCAGGACUAGGGAUGAAUGGAGGGGGCCGGCCUGGGGACAGCUGUGGCUCACAGGAAGCUGUGCCACUAGGCAGGUCUUCCUCACAGGAAGUUGCCCCACUAGGACACGGUCUGGUUUAUAGAAAGUAGAUCCAUCUAGUGAGCCUUAUUCACAGGAAGUUGUGUCACAAGGCAGGUCUCACUCACAGGAGCUUGUCCCAUUGGGUAGGGCAUCUCUGACCGGAAGUCACCCCCUCUAGCAUGGGUCUUGCCCACAGGAAGUUGCACUCCUGAGGUGGGCUCACUUUCAGGAAGUCACCCCCCCAUGCAGGUCUCUCUGACAGGAAGUUGCCCCCCUGUAGGGUGGGUCUUGUCCACAGGAAGUUGCAUCCCCAGGUAGGUCUUGCUCAUAGGAAGUCGCGCCCUGUAGGAAAAGUCUCUCUGACAGGAAGCUGCCCCCUCAAGGGUGUCUUGCUCACAGGAAGUUGCUCCUGGAGGACAAGGUCUUUCCACAGGAAGUUGCCCCUCAAAGUGUGUCUCACAGGAAGUUGCCCGCUUUGGGCAGGAUCUGGGCCAUGGGAAGCCAUGCCCUCCUGUAGGCCCUCGUGGUCCAUUUGAUGUAUGUUGGGGCACUGCCUAGGCCUAAUGGGAACCAGCUCACCUUGCCACCAUCGCCCCGUCCUUAGCUACGUUGCUAACUGUGGCUAACUUGCCACAUGAUUGGAUGAGAUUAGGGUGACCAGAUGUCCCGAUUUUAUAGGGACGAUCCCGAUUUUUGGGUCUUUUUCUUAUAUAGGCUCCUAUUACCCUCCACCCCGUCCCGAUUUUUCACACUUGUCUGGUCACCCUAGAUGAGAUCCACGAAGAUGCCUCAUUAUGUUAAUGAGGUCGCGGGUCUAACGAACCUCUUUAAUGGGGAACAUGGACUUUCUUCUAGAGAAUCUCUUCUUGAACAGUAUAGAGGGAGAUUGUGUAUGUCCUUGUUCUCCUCUCAUGGCUGGUCCACAAAAUAGGAUACAAGCCUAUUACAGCUGCUGGUGGAUGGAGUUAACGUGCUUAGUUCGUGAAGUAAAGGAUCGUGCUUUUAUCACCAGAAGACCCAAUGUUUGAACCCCACUGAUGACCCAAAACAGGGUCAUUCUACAAUUGUGCCAUAUUAAUGUGCUUAUUGACUGUGAGAGCUUCCUUCAUCGGCUUCAGAAGAAAGAAAUCCCUUUGAACAGACCAAGAUGCCAUUGGUGGGUUCUUCCAUAGGUCACACUACAAAUGGUGAUCCAUCUUCAGGUCUUGUCUAGCCACUCUUCUCCUCCUUGGCUGGAGGACUGGAUCUUACAGCCUCCCCAAUACUAUAAGAAACUGUUAGUUUCUACGUACUGUACAGAGAAACUUAACUAAGAGGAGAAAUUAAGGUCAUGGUUGAUAUUACAAAGGGCUAAUGAAUGAUUUGCAGAUGUUAUAAGGAUAUUACUGACAUGAGCAGCACAUGCUAUAGAUGGUUAUAAGCCAUAGUUCUUGGCUUAUCAGGACGGUAUAACAAUCAAUAAGCUAUUGAUCUAAACAGAGAUCUGGUUGUUUAUUAAUAAAUGGAACCUUUAAUAU